AUGACAUCCAUUUUUCUGCUAGUGGACUCAGAGGCCCUGCGGCCGCGGGACGCAAAGCUCUGCAAAGGAAAGCCGCGCGCCGCCUCAGGCAGCUGCUUCAACCCGAGCCCGAGCGGGACGCGCUGUGGCUCCAGCGGACGGGCGGACCGGGCGUGCCUGCGAGGCCGGGGCCCCCGCGGCCUGCGUUCUGCCUGCUCGCGAUCCGGGAAGCCAGGGAACCGCGGCGCCCAGCUCGGCAGGAGAUCGCGCAGUUACUCGGUUCCCGGAGGCUUCGCGGCCUGA